AUGGCCCCGAAUGACGGCCCCUCGCGCAUGCAUGGCCUUCACGGCAAGAAGCUCAUCUACUUCACCUCGGUCUUUGUCUCGUUGGGUGUCUUUCUGUUUGGUUACGACCAGGGUGUCAUGAGUGGAAUCAUCACCGGCAUGUACUUCAAGGGCUACUUCAACCAGCCGACAAGAGCAGAGAUUGGUACAAUGGUUGCCAUUCUCGAGGUUGGAGCCUUCAUAUCUUCUCUGGGUGUAGGCCGCAUUGGUGACAUUCUCGGUCGUCGGCGCACCAUCCUCUACGGCGCCGUCAUUUUUGUCAUUGGCGGUGCUUUCCAGACUUUUGCUACUGGUAUGCCUAUGAUGAUGUUCGGUCGUAUCAUUGCCGGUCUGGGUGUUGGUGCGCUCUCGACCAUUGUGCCCGUGUACCAGUCCGAGAUCUCACCCCCUCAUAACCGCGGAAAGCUUGCUUGUAUUGAGUUCUCGGGCAAUAUUGUUGGUUAUGCCUCAAGCGUCUGGGUCGACUACUUUUGCUCAUUCAUCCACAAUGACUGGAGUUGGAGACUUCCCCUGUUCAUGCAGUGUGUCAUGGGCUCGUUGCUUAUUCUUGGCUCUUUCUUGAUCUGCGAAUCUCNNCCAGGUAUGUUUCACUCAUCAUGCCGUCUAUUUUUGACGCUGACAAGAACAUGUAGAUGGCUGCUGGACAACGACCAUGACGAGGAGGGCAUUGUCGUCAUUGCUAACCUCUACGGCAAGGGUGACAUCCAUAACCAAAAGGCGCGUGACGAGUACCGCGAGAUCAAGAUGAACGUGUUGUUGCAGCGUCAAGAAGGCGAGCGCAGCUACAAGGACAUGUUCAGGCGCUACUACAAGCGUGUCUUUAUCGCCAUGUCUGCCCAAGCUCUCGCUCAACUCAACGGUAUCAACGUUAUUUCAUACUACGCUCCUCUGGUCUUUGAACAAGCUGGAUGGGUUGGUCGUGAUGCCAUUCUUAUGACUGGUAUCAACGGUCUGACUUACCUGCUCUCCACCGUACCACCGUGGUAUCUUGUCGAUCGCCUCGGCCGUCGUCCUAUCCUGAUGUGGGGUGCUAUCGCCAUGAUCAUCUCGCUCUCGGCCAUCUCAUAUUUCAUCUACAUCGAUAUCCACCUUACUCCGCGUAUGGUUGUCAUCUUUGUCGUACUCUACAAUGCAGCAUUUGGUGCUUCUUGGGGGCCGAUUCCUUGGCUAUAUCCUCCCGAGAUUCUCCCUCUGAGUAUCCGCGCAAAGGGAGCUUCUCUGUCCACUGCGUCGAACUGGGCCUUCAACUGGCUUGUCGGAGAACUGACGCCGAUCCUUCAAGAUCUCAUCCAGUGGCGACUGUACUUGAUGCAUGCAUUCUUCUGCGCUGUCUCGCUUGUUGUGGUCUAUUUCUGUUAUCCAGAGACGUAUUGCGCUACCUUUUCCACUGCAUUUAGAUCCAAACUAACGAUUUUUACAGCGNCCAAUGUUCGUUUGGAAGACAUGAACAGCAUUUUCGGAGACGCAUCUACUGUGGCACCCUCACCACAGACCCUCGCCGAGGCCGAAUCACUCUUCAGCAGAAGUCCCGCACCUUCCAUGCAUCUCGAUCGCGACGGAGAUGCACCUCAAGACUCCAACAUCCCUGAUCUCGACAUUGAUCCCCCUGCCGUCGACGUGCAAAAUGGCAAGCCCAUGUUUAGCAAAGACUCUGACUCUGAAGGUCUCGGCGGCUGGAUAUCCAAUCUUGUCAACAAGGGCAAGGGCGAUGGAGCAUCUUCUCAUGCUGGAGGGAGUGGGAGGUAUAGGCGUGUUGGACAGGAUGCCGAUUAG